AUGUCGGCCUUCAAUGAGCCCGCAGAUAUAGACUCGCGCAGUCUAAACAGCGACCGCAAAUGGAGCCUACAGCCUCUUCUUCGCAGUGCUGAGCGCUCGCAUAGCAAAAUGCCGGGUAUUAGGAAGAUUCCUCUUCGCGCCAUUGGAAUUAUUGCAUUUAUUGCGUUGUUGAAUAUCAUAGUUUGGGUGGCGGCGGCUAUUGUGCUGAGUUACCAUCCUUCGCUGGUUUCUACAGCUGCCCUUGCCUAUUCUCUUGGAUUAAGACAUGCAUUCGAUGCAGAUCACAUUUCUGCUAUCGAUCUAAUGACCAGAAGACUCCUGGCAACGGGGCAAAAGCCCGUUACCGUGGGCACGUUCUUCUCGCUUGGUCACUCAACCAUUGUGAUCAUCACAUCUAUUGUCGUCGCAGCCACAGCAGCAGCCGUCUCAGAGCGCUUCGACAGCUUCAGCACGGUCGGUGGAAUCAUUGGUACCUCCGUCAGCGCUGCGUUCCUGAUCCUGCUGGGUCUUAUGAAUGCGUACAUCCUAUAUAAACUCGUGAAGCAGAUGCAGAAGGUCUUCAGUCUCCCCGAGGGUCAUGAAGAUGAAGCAUGGAAGAUCGAGGGCGGAGGAAUCCUUUUCUCUGUUUUGAAGAAAAUGUUCAAGUUGAUUGACCGUCCGUGGAAGAUGUAUCCCCUCGGAAUUCUGUUCGGUCUCGGCUUCGACACCUCCUCCGAGAUCGCUCUACUUGGAAUCUCAUCCAUCGAAGCAGCGAAGGGAACAUCCUUUUGGGUGAUUCUCAUUCUCCCGGCUCUAUUCACCGUCGGUAUGUGUCUUCUCGACACAAUCGACGGAGCCCUAAUGUUCUCCCUCUACAUCCAACCAGCGGCCAACUUCCUCCCACAAAAGCCAACAAGCACCGUCUCAGACACCUCAUCAAUAGCCACGGAUCCAGACGAGCUCCCGCAAUCACAAAACAACCACCGGGACCCAGUCGCAUUCCUGUACUACUCAAUCGUGCUGACUACGCUAACCGUCAUCGUGGCGAUUGUGAUUGGCGUGAUCCAGCUGCUCAGUCUCAUCCUGAACGUCACACAUGCCAAAGGCAAAUUCUGGGACGGUGUGCAGGUCGCUGGUGACUACUACGAUGCUAUUGGCGGUGGUAUCUGUGGUUGCUUUAUUGUCUUUGGUCUACUGAGCGUUCUAGUCUACAAACCCUGGCGCAGGUGGAUGGAUCAGCGACAUGGAAAGAAUGUCGUCAAUGAUUUGGAGAGGUAUACAGAUGACGAUGUUUCUCCUGGCGAUGCUCCUGGCGGUGGUGUCAUCGUGACCCAGACGGGUCGUACCCAGCACGAGGAUGCAGCUACUGAGGUUGCUGGGAAGGGGGCUUCGUCUCGGUUUGCUGUCAAGGAGACUGGUGAGUCGAGACUUGAAGACCACAUCGUGUAG